AAGUCGCUUCGCUUCGUUGUCUGAUUGAAACACGCGGUGGUGGGCAGUCAAACAUUUUGUUUUCAUUUGAAAUUUAACUGGGUAUAUUUUGAAUUAAAAGUUACUUAAUAAACACAAAGAAUGGGCAAAUCCAAGAAGAAACAUCCCAAGAAGCGUACUGCCGCAUUUAAGGAAGGCGAACCGAGUGAAUUGGCCGAGGCACCUCAUUCCUUCAUUAUACAUCGUGGUCUGUCCUGUCCAUUCAUUACCGACUUGACAUUGGAUUUUCGUCGAAUUAUGGAACCAUUUACGGCCAGUGAAUUGAAGGAGAAGAAAAUCAAUCGUAUAAAAGAUUUUGUUGCUGUUAGUAGUUUCUUUCAUGUCUCGCAUAUGGGUAUCUUCAAUAAGGCGGCUACCCAGCUGUCGUUCAAGGUGGCUCGUUUACCCCGUGGUCCCACUCUAACAUUUAAGGUACAUCAAUUUACGCUAGCCCGCGAUGUGAUAUCACAGAAUAAGAAGCAAUUUAUCGAUGAGGGCAUGUUCAAACACUCACCGUUGGUGGUGAUGAAUAACUUUACGGGUGAUGGUAAACAUUUGAAGCUGAUGGCCCAUACCUUCCAAAAUAUGUUUCCUGCUAUUAAUUUGGCGGAGGUUAAUAUUGCAACAAUAAGGCGCUGUGUUUUAUUCUCAUAUAAUCCCGAAACAAACUUGGUCGAGAUGAGACACUAUUCCAUACAAGUUGUACCUGUUGGCCUUAACAAAGGUGUCAAAAAACUGGUUAUGGGGAAAAUUCCCAAUCUAGCGAAAUGUGAAGAUAUUGCCGAGUUCAUAAUGCAGGAUGGAAACGCCUCCGAGUCCGAAGCUGAAGACGAUGAGAAUACCCAAGUAGUUCUACCACAAACGCUCAAACGUAAAGGCAAUCUGGAAAAUAAUAAAUCAGCAAUUAGACUCCAAGAGAUUGGACCUCGUAUGACAAUGCAACUGAUGAAAAUCGAAGAAGGCCUGUUGACCGGUGAAGUUCUCUACCACGAUCACAUUGUUAAGACAGAAGAAGAAAAGGAAGAACUUAGAAAAAUGGUGGAAAAGAAACAAAAACUAAAGGAACAACGUAAAAAGCAGCAAGCCGAAAAUAGGGCACGGAAACUCAAAGAACAACAAAAGAAAUCCAAAACCCCUGGUCAAGGCACUGAAGAGGUUGACUACGAAGAGGUGGCUGCGGCCAGUGAUUUAGACGACGAUGCCGUCUAUUACAAAGAAGAAGUGGGCGAAGAACCCGAUGAGGAACUUUUCAAAUCCACAGAACCCGAAUCGAGAAAAAGAACCAAAUUGCCACCUAGUUUUAAAAACAAAAAACCCAAAUUGGAAAACAACAAGGACGGUGGCAGUAAAAAAGACUUCAAUAAAAACGGUUUCAAAAACGGCAAAUCCUUUGGUGACAAGAAAAAGGGAUGUUUCAAGGAUAAGGGCGACAAAAAGAAAGGCGGUUUCAAGGAUAAGAAAUCGUUUAAAUUUAAUAAGAAAAAAUAACACUGUAAAUAAUUUAUUAGGGAACUUUUUACAA